UAAAGUUACUUCCCAGCGCGAGCAUUUUAACUGUAUGCAAACAUUCCAUUUGCUUUUAAAUGAGUUAUUUAUGAAGCUUUCAUAUAUUGCUUUUGUCAGGCUAAUAGCUGGGGGCGGCAUCCCGGAUUACAGCAAGGCUUUGCAGAGGAGCUGUCGGGCAGCGGAGUGCAGCCCCGCAGCAGCACAGCCUGUGGCCUUUUGUGGAUGCUCCCCGAGAAGGACUAACCAAGGAACGCUCUGGCUCGGCAGGAGUGAGUCCCCACAGAGCCCCACCACUCCCAUCCUGUAACAACCCUCUGGUUUGCUCCUUCAGGCACAAGAGACACAGACCCGCUGCCGGCUCAGGAGGGCAGGGACCUUAGUGCUUGCUUGUUGGUAUUUCCACUCUGGGGACUCUGGCUGUUCUGCAAGGGUGUCUGAUGCUCGGCAUCUCUCUGAGGCAUGUCCUGCCGCCAGCUGUCCAAAGGCUGAUCGAGAGAUGGUGCUUUUCCUGAGCAACCGGUUCCACAGGUGUCGGUGUGGACGGCACCCUGGCCACUGACAGGAUGCUUUCGUGCGCUGCUCACGGCGGGAUGAAGGCACAGGGAGGACAUAUUAAAGUAAAGCUUUGCUGCUGUGAAUAGGGCUGGUUAACAUGAAAGUCACUGGAAUUGUCUGCGUCCAGGAGUGCUAUGGAGCAGUUCUCAACAUGGAGCAGAAAUUGUUGCAUGUGUUUGACAACAGAAGACAGUAUUUCACCGACACGAAACUCGUCGUGAGUGGAGUAGCAACACUCUGGCACCAAACCUCUGACUCCAAAGAGAACAGAAAUGGCAGAGCACUGAACGCAAAAAGCAUGAGAGCAGUGGUGACAGGAGGUGGAGGCUACUUUGGGUACAAGCUGGGAUGCGCUCUUGCCGGCGCAGGAGCUUCGGUUGUUCUGUAUGACAUACACAAGCCUAUCUGGGAAGUUCCUAAUGGAAUAGUGUGUAUCCAGGCAGAUGUCAGGGAUUAUGAUGCCAUAUUUGCAGCCUGUGAAGGGGCUGACUGUGUGUUUCAUGUAGCUUCAUAUGGAAUGUCAGGAAGAGAGCAAUUGCACAGAGAAGAGAUUGAAACUGUAAACAUUGAUGGAACAAGAUUCAUCAUUGAUGCCUGCAAACAAAGGAACAUUGCUCGACUGAUCUACACCAGUACAGUGAAUGUGGUGUUUGGAGGGCUUCCUAUUGAGGAUGGUGAUGAGGAAACUGUGCCAUAUUUUCCAAUUGAAAAGCAUGUUGACCAUUAUUCCAGAACCAAAUCAAUCGCAGAACAAAUGGUACUAGCAGCUAAUGGAACUCCACUAGCAGGAGGUGGAAUACUCCAUACAUGUGUUCUUCGCCCACCAGGGAUCUAUGGACCAGAAGAGCAAAGACACUUGCCAAGACUAGCAAAGAAUAUUGAGAGAGGGCUACUUAGCUUCAAAUUUGGGGAUCCUUCUGCUAAAAUGAAUUGGGUGCACGCAGAGAAUCUUGUACAAGCUCAGAUUCUAGCCGCUGAAGCGCUCACCCCUGAAAAGAACUACAUAGCUAGUGGCCAGGUGUAUUUCAUUAAUGAUGGUGAAAAAUUCAACCUCUUUGAAUGGUUAACUCCACUUUUUGAAAGGUUAGGUUGCAGUAAACCACGGAUACGUAUUCCUACUGCCUUAGUUUAUGUGUCAGCCAUGAUAAUGGAAUACCUUCAUCUGGUGUUGAAGCCCUUUGUGGAGCUGUCCCCACUGCUGACCAGAAAUGAGGUACAGAACAUCUCUACAACUCACACAUUUCGAAUAGACAAGGCACGGACUCAGCUGGGCUACAGCCCAGAGAAGUUUGCAUUUGCUGAUUCCGUGGACCAUUACAUUAAAACCAGACCAGAAACCCCAAAUCAUCACCUCUUCCUCAAAGUUUUGCUUUCUUUCAUUAUUAGUUUGCAGUGCUGCUACCUGGAUUGUCCUCACCUCCACGGCACAGCAAACAGGCACUUAUUUAACAUCGAAAUUGUAACCCCUCAGGAGCUGUACUUGAGAAAUUAAAAUACAGUAAACAAUUACAGCCAGGGCACUGAAACACGGAGUCAGGAUUGUUGUCUCUGUUUAUUUCACACCCGACUGCCCCCCCGCAACUUUCCAAACUGACUGCUGAAGUAAAUGAGCACCUGCAGAAAGAAGAGCUGCAGCCAGCCUGCAGUGCUUCCUCGGUGAAGAAAAAAUGCUGACAUGAGAAAGAUUGGCCGUCCCUGCUGCCACAGCUCACUGCCCUGGGGAACUGAGAACGAAUGAAAGGACUGUAAAUGACAAAGGAUUGCUGUAAAUAAGACAUGCCAGCCCUGCAGAGCGAAUUCACAGUGUGAAUUAACUGUAUCACCGCAUAUGAGGUAAAAUAAAAGUGUACUUGAAACUUG